GACGAUGAUUUUAGAUUUGCUCUGUCCGUGUCUCCGGCUAUUGCCCGUCUGCGCUGAGGCGUUAUGUGCUUUAACAUUCUUAUUAUAGGGAUGAGGGGGAUCUGUCCGUGGUGCUGAAAUCAGUUUCCAACCCCCUUUGCAUUGCUGAAGUUGAUCUCGUUUUAAUGGUAUGCCGUUGAGCAAGCUGUCUGCCGCUGUUCCUGCAAAUAAAAUGAAAACUGCGCCUUCUUUCCGCUGACACGUUUAUCAUCAGUUUUAUCUGUUCUAAAUAACCGCACCACCUCUGCACGAGCAUACCCGGCGGCUGUAGACGCACAGGUUUCCAAGUUAUCGGUCCUAUAUCCAGAGGCGUAUUUCUAAGCGUUAUGGUAAAACACGCAGGUGCGUGAUGGAAAGGCACGAAAGCGGGCGGUCCAAUCGCAUACAGCAGCCGUGCGUGUUCUCGGGUGUUAAAACGCGCAUAUUUAGGGAGAUUUACUGGGUCGAUGUGUAGGCUUUUGUGUCCUUUUGAGGAGCGCACACAGACAGAACGUGUGUUUGUGUGCACGCGCGGCUGUGCGUUUGCACACGCACUCACGCGUCUUUGGCGGAGAGAAAGGGGAAGAGAGAGAGGGACUAUCUGUAACCUACUAUUGCAGAUGCCAAACACAAUACUUGAUUACAGAAUUAUUUACACUCAGUUAAAAAUGUUAUUUCGAUCAGAUAUCCGCCACCAGAUCAAGAUCAACAGCACUUGCUGAUUUGCCUUUGAUCAACUCAUCUCGUUUCUUUUCUUUUUCUUUUUUUUGCCCGUGGGUAGAAGAAAGGCUGCGACUGUCGCCUUGUAGACUGAUUUUCACAUUUUCGAUCGCAGGCUGGAUUUUAAGAUGAACACUGACUGCUUUUCUCGGACGAUUCGUUCAUGAGAGGCUGCAUUCGUUUAUUAUGUUUAAAAAAAAAUCAUCGUCUAACCCGCGAUCGGUUUAAUCAUAGCAGGCGAUUACAUUCCCGGUCCUCAUGUUGUUUGGACGGAGAUGGAGAGAAGGGAUCUGACAGUUUCCCCGCGAUUACCAAGUCAUCGGGAAUUUGGGAUGACACCUCAUACCAGUACCGCACUCGAGUGAGCUGGGGCAUCCUCUCCCAGGACAAAAUGCAUAUCUGGAUUCUCAAAAUAAGCCUUCUGAUUGCAUCAUCUCUGAGGCUGAUCGAGAUGUAUGACAAUUAUGGCGAGAUCUGUCGGAACCUGUGUACAUGCGAGGAAAAGGAAGGGAUCCUGACGGUGAGCUGCGAGAACCGGGGCAUCAUCAGACUAACAGAGAUCAGCCCGGUCCAUUUCUCCGUAUACCACCUCCUGCUGACAGGGAAUCUCCUGAAGAAGCUGUCAGUCAACGAUUUCAUCAAUUACACAGGAGUGACCAUCCUGCACUUGGGGAACAAUGAUAUAUCCGAGAUAGAGUCAGGUGCCUUCAAUGGACUCCAGGGAUUAAAAAGGUUGCACCUGAAUAACAACAAGAUCGAGGUUAUCAGAGACGACACCUUUGCAGGACUGGAGAGUUUGGAAUAUCUACAGAUUGAUUAUAAUUACAUCUCAAAUAUAGAGCCCAAUGCCUUGAGCAAACUAUACCAACUUACAGUGAUGAUUUUGAACGACAACCUGCUCUCUGCCCUGCCGACAAAUAUCUUUCGGAAUGUUCCCCUUACACACCUGGACCUGAGGGGGAACCGGUUAAAAAUGUUCCCCUACAUCGGCCUCUUGGAACACAUGGACAAAGUUGUGGAAUUACAACUUGAGGAGAAUCCGUGGAAUUGCUCCUGCGAGUUGAUCGCUCUGAAGGCUUGGCUUGAGAGUAUAGCAUACACGGCUCUGGUGGGGGAAGUGGUCUGCGCGACUCCGUUCAGGCUCCACGGUAGGGACCUGGACGAGGUGUCCAAGCAGGAGCUCUGCCCAAGAAGACCCUUGGAAGACACUGUAAGGCCUGCACCCCCUAGCAGCACAAAUGGAUAUUAUCACACCACACCUUCUGCCGUCACCGCCUCCGCCACCUCAUCGGCUGUUUUUAGGUCCUCCUCUAGGCCGACCAAGGGCACGCGGCAGUUUAACAGAACUAGGUUAAAGCCCACUUCCCGAAUACCAGGGGGUAACCCUUACAAUUAUGGCCCCAUCAUUGCUUUUCAGACCAAAUCUCCUGUGCCUUUGGACUGUCCCACUGCCUGCACGUGCAACCUGCAGAUAUCUGAGAUUGGGCUGAAUGUCAACUGCCAAGAGAGAAAGAUUGAAAGCAUUUCUGAUCUAAAACCCAAGCCAUACAAUCCUAAAAAAAUGUAUCUCACUGGAAAUUACAUCCCUGUGGUGCGGAGAUCAGAUUUUGUGGAUGCCGUUGGAUUGGAUUUGCUUCACCUGGGAAACAACAGGAUAAGUCUGAUCCACGACAGGGCUUUCGGGGAUUUAACCAACCUGCGUAGGCUGUAUUUGAAUGGUAAUCUCAUGGACAGGCUCACAGGAGAAAUGUUUUUUGGUUUGCAGAACUUGCAGUACCUUUAUUUAGAGUACAACAAAAUCAAGGAGGUCGAUGCGGGAACUUUUCGUUACCUCACUAAUCUCCAGCUACUCUUCCUCAACAACAACCUUCUGAAAACCUUACCUGUGGGCAUCUUUUCCAGCCUCUCCCUGUCUAGACUUAAUCUCCGCAACAACCAUUUCCAAAAUCUGCCCGUGAGUGGUGUUUUAGAUCAGCUGAAGAUGCUGGUGCAGAUGGAUCUGUUUGAAAACCCCUGGGACUGCUCCUGCGACAUAGUGGGAAUGAAGAUAUGGCUGGAGCAGCUCAGCGCUGGCACCGUGGUCAACGAGGUUGUGUGCGAAAUGCCACGGCGCCACACAGGAAUGGAUCUGCGCUCCAUCCAAUCGGAGCAGCUCUGCCCGGACUACUCUGACGCUAAAGUCUCUCCAACGCCCCCUACAGACGAGCCCAUGGACGACAGGGCCGCCACGACAGGAGCACCUCAGAAGUUCAACACCCCCAGCAGCACCGUCCCCCUCUCUGUCCUCAUCCUCAGCCUCCUGCUUGUCUUCAUCAUGUCUGUCUUUGUGGCCGCGGGGCUGUUUGUGGUCGUGAUGAAGAAACGCAAAAAGUCCCAAAGUGAUCGUACUAGCACCAACAACUCCGACAUCAGCUCUUUCAACUUGCAGUACAGCCUCUACAGCAACCGCUCCGGCCCCAAAGUGAAAGCCCCAGCCGGACACGUCUACGAGUAUAUCCCCCACCCCAUGGGCCACAUGUGCAAAAACCCUAUUUACAGAUCACGAGAAGGCAACACAGUAGAGGAUUACCGUGACCUCCACGAGCUCAAGGUCACGUACAGCAGUACCCCGGAUGAUGAGAGGGACAGCAGUACCAUGAGGAGUCCUGCAUACAGCGUUAGUACCAUCGAGCCACGUGAUAACCCCUCCCCUAUACCGGAUGCAGACCAUUUCUUCAGAGGCAUGCUAGAUCACGAUAAGCAGCACCCCCAUCCGUCCAUCCCGGCCGGCGCCAAUUUAGAGUACAAGUACACAGGGCCUGUGUCGUACACGUACAACGCAAAUUUUGAUGUCAGACGUCAGUUCUUGCACCCGGAGAGGAUAAGAGAAACGGUGCUUUAUGGCACAGCACCGAGUACUGUUUAUGUCGAGCCCAACAGAAAUGAGUAUUUGGAGCUAAAAGCCAAACUGCAGUCUGAGCCCGAUUACCUUGAAGUUCUUGAGAAACAGACCACCUUUAGCCAGUUCUGAGCAACAGAUUCAUUGAUGUUGAUGACGCAUUUUCUCUCUUGACCCUCCUUGGAAGAGUGGCUCAGUCUAUUGGGUGCCUUGGCACGACACACACACGCAAGAUGGAGUUGAAACGGGGUGUGCCGAACAAUCUUAUUUCUGAAAGAUGACAUUACAGGAAUGGAUACAGCUUUCUGAAACACGGAUGAAAAACAUUGCUCUAGUUAACUGAUAAUGCAAAUCUAUUUUUCUAUGGUGAAGAUCGAAUACACACAAAAUUUAAGUGUACAGGUAAAUCUUUCCCAGCCUCAUUUUCAGGAUUAUAACCAUACAUAAGGCAUAUUGUGAAUCAGUAAAGAAAUGUUUAUAAAACCACACUCCUGGACAAAAACACUGUACAGAAGAUCAUCAAAACUGUGUAGGACUAUUUUCUGCUGUAGUCUGUAAGUAAGUAUUUAUUGAUAUAAUCUGCCAUGUCUUUUCAAAACUUUUGAUUCUACAUCAAUAUUACCUGUGUCAUCAUACUCCAUGAUCCAGUGAAAAAAGGCUUAUGUUUGUAGUUUCAUUUACUGUAGCUCUGCAUUGUAAAAGUGGCUUUUUUUGAAAGUGGCACACCCCUAAUGUUCAAAAAAGACAUUUGAAGAAGAUGAAAAAAAAAGUGUCUUUGUAUGCUUUCUGCACUUUUUGGAAUUAGAAGGCUGGUUAGCCUUCAAUGAGCUCUCAUAAAGGAGAUUAUUAUAUUAAAAAUGAAUAUGGGUAUUCAUUCUUAAUAUGUAGAACAAAACAAAAUUACAUAAAUAUUUGAAGUAUUAAUUCUGUUGUGUAAUACUGAUAUUUUAUUCAAUGUAACACCUAUUUUUAUACAAGCGUUUGCAGAUUCUCUAUCCCUUAUCGACUUUAUUUGUUUUGAUUGCUUUGCACUUAUAUCAUUAUAUUGACCAAACUAUGUUAUUGUCAUCAAAUAAACAUGAUGUCAGGUUGAUAUAAUGUCCUUAUGAGGAAACUGAAUCUUAGGUUUU